CCGCAUCCCUCCAUCCAACCCUGUGCCGCAGCCGCAUCGCCACCGCAGCCUAGGCAGAGCCCAGUCGGCCCAGGCCCCUGUCUCUGCCUGGCCUCAGCUCCCCGCCCCCCCGCCGCGCACCUUACCCGCACAUCCCUCGGAGGUCUAGCCCGGUGCCCCCAGACCCCGGCCUCCAGCACAGAGGCAAGAGGCAGAGAGCAGCAGCGGAGGCGGGAGGACGAAGAAGGGGAGGAGGAGCCCGUCGCAGGAUGAAGGAUCGGACUCAGGAGCUGCGGAGUGCGAAAGACAGUGAUGAUGAAGAGGAGGUGGUCCAUGUGGAUCGAGACCACUUUAUGGAUGAGUUCUUUGAGCAGGUGGAAGAGAUCCGAGGCUGCAUCGAGAAACUGUCUGAAGAUGUGGAGCAAGUGAAGAAACAGCACAGCGCCAUUCUCGCCGCCCCCAACCCUGAUGAGAAGACUAAACAGGAGCUGGAGGACCUCACGGCUGACAUCAAAAAGACGGCAAACAAGGUGCGGUCCAAGUUGAAAGCGAUUGAGCAAAGCAUUGAGCAGGAAGAGGGGCUGAAUCGUUCUUCCGCGGACCUGCGCAUCCGCAAGACCCAGCACUCCACACUUUCACGGAAGUUCGUGGAAGUAAUGACCGAAUAUAAUGCAACUCAGUCCAAGUACCGGGACCGCUGCAAGGACCGCAUCCAGAGGCAGCUGGAGAUCACUGGCAGGACUACUACCAACGAAGAACUGGAAGACAUGUUGGAAAGCGGGAAGCUGGCCAUCUUCACAGAUGAUAUCAAAAUGGACUCGCAGAUGACGAAGCAGGCCCUGAAUGAGAUUGAGACAAGGCACAAUGAGAUCAUUAAACUGGAAACCAGCAUCCGAGAGCUGCACGACAUGUUUGUGGACAUGGCCAUGCUCGUAGAGAGCCAGGGUGAGAUGAUCGACCGAAUUGAGUACAACGUGGAGCAUUCCGUGGACUAUGUGGAACGAGCCGUGUCCGACACCAAGAAAGCUGUGAAAUAUCAGAGCAAGGCCAGGAGGAAGAAAAUUAUGAUCAUCAUUUGCUGUGUGGUGCUGGGGGUGGUCUUGGCGUCAUCCAUUGGGGGGACACUGGGCUUGUAGGCCCCUACCCUUCUUUUCCCCAGGACCCUCCCCACACAUCGGGAGCAAUACCCCCCACCCUUUCACUUUUCCCCUGCUCCAAGCUCACUCCCAAAACAGACCCAGGCAGUUCCAGCUGCUCUCACCUCACGCAGACCCUGGAGUCCCUGGCCCUCACCUUGCCAUGGAUCCCCCUCCACCUUGCCGCACAUAGAUAGCAGCAGGCGUGAUCACACAUGCACACCAACAUGCAUGCCGAGGGCACAUGCUCAAGACGUGUGGACACCCCAGCGUGUGUGUACUUGUGUAGAUGUAUGUAGAUGCCCUGAACCUCUUCUUGCUGCCACCUUCAUCCUGUGUGGUCUGAACUUCCCUCUCUGUCCGGUUGCUGGGCUAACUGUAGCAAGCCCACCAUGGGCCCAACCUGUUCUGUGUGAAUAGACAUAGAUAGUGUGCGUGUGUGUGUGUGUGUGUGUAUGCGUGUAUGCAUAGAUCUGUGCCCAUACAAUGUACGUACACGGAGUUUUGUGAGUACCUGUGAAAACCCAAUGCAAAAGCAAUUCCUCCACUGACCUCUCCUAUCUGCUACAUUUGGAGUGGGAGUAUGUGUGAGGAUAAUUCAUAUCACAGAGGAUCCAGGGAGGCCCAGCGACCAUGCCACACAUCUCAUGUGAUGUAGAAUAAACUCUCCUGGCUUGGUUACUGCCAGAGGUCGCAUCAUGUCCUGGGGACUCUCUCUCUCUCUUUCUCCCCCUCUUUCCCUCCCUCUGUCCUUCCCUCCCUCCCUCUCUCUCUUUCUCUCAGCUUCUCUCCCUUCCUCUCUCCCUCCCCUCCUCUCUCUCAGUGUGUGUGUGUGUGUUUGUGUAUUGGGUAUUGGAGUUCUGGGGAAGCAAGUAGAAGCCUGUGUGUAAAUGAUAAAGAGCCCGGCUUAGUUUGGAUGGAUGUGUAUUUUCCUUAACAAAUGAUGUAAAGGGCUUCUGCACAAGGUGUGUGUGUGUGUGUGUGUGUGUGUGUGUGUGUGUGUGCAUGUGUGAAGUAUUGAUAGUUUUCUCCUCAGACAGAGCCCUCCAUGCUGUGGAUCAGACACUAGUUUUGGGUGGGUACAGAUGCCUGUUUCUAAGCUGUCUCUAAUAUGGCUGUAUGUGUGCAUCCUUAGGGACUUUACAUAAUGUGUUUCUGCUCCUAUAUGUCACACACACGCACACGCACACGCACGCACACACACACACAUACACACGCACACCCCUCUUUAAGGCUAUGCUCCCAUUCUGGUUUGUUUCUUCAGGCUCAGUUGCUUCCUCUCCACCUCCUCAAAACAGAAGCCACACACACUGCUCCAACACAAGUGUGUGAGUGGAGCUUCACAGAGCCUUGGACAGCUAGCACACACUAAUGUGCUCAUGAAUGCUGAGGUUGAGAAAAUUCCUGAAAGGUGGCCACACAUAGGUGCCGGGGCCUCACAAACAGCAUAGUGCCUGCCCAGGGCCAUCCUUAUUUGUACAUGAGUGUCUCCUGGAGGGCUAUGGUAGGAGUGAUGAGGUUAGAGGUCAGGGGCUGCCCAUGGCAGGUGGCAAGGCAUGGUAUCUCCCCCUCCUGCCUCUCAGAGUCACCUUAGACUAUUGUUUCUCCUCACUGCCCCAGCUGAUGCUUUGAACUUUCUCAAAAAAAACUUGUGUUUGGGCAACUGGAUUUCACAUAUACCUUGAGUGGCCAUUUAGGGUCAUCCUUGAACCUGUCCCUUGGGCAUGUCUUCUGCUGAAACAUCAGCCAUGGCUACAAGCUGAGUGACUGGGAUGGUGAGAAGGGCUGUUCUGAGGCAGUAUGCAAUGGAGGAAUUCCUGCAUCGUGUGGACAGCUGUGUGGCUUAUGGGUUCUUUGGGAGCAGACAGGAGGUAAAUGGGACAAAGGACAGAGCUGGCAGUCCUGGGAACAUGGAGGUGAUAUAUAGAGGUGCGUGUGUCCUGCCUGCCCUGGAGUAAGGUAGCCACAUGAAGUGUGUGUACAUAAGUGUGUGCAGAACUCGGGGAAAAGGGAGUGACCCCUGCAAAUAGGACCUUCUAGAUAACAAGACUCUUCUGAGCCAGCUCUGACAGCUGAUCUCUUCCCUGCCUGGCUGUUUGAGCCCUGCCCACCUAGUGUGUGUGUGUGUGUGUGUGUGUGUGUGUGUGUGUGUGUGUGUGUGUGUGUGUUUUCAUGUCCACAUGUAUGUAACCCCCCAGAUUAGCUGUGCUGAGGAGGGAGCCUGCCUAUCCAUUCCAGAAUACUCUUCUGCAGGGCCCAGAGCCUCCUGCCCUCACCUUUGGCUUCUUUGGAGAUGUCAGAGGCAGAGGCAUCGUCAGGAUCCAGUUCCCUUCUUUCAGCCCAGCCAGCCAGAACUCCCAUUAACUCAGAUGUUGCUAGCUGCCUCCCCAACACCCCAGGCAUGGUGUUCACAAGGACAGGACUGUGUCUGCCAUGCUGCUCCUGCCUCUUUGAAUGGCACUGGGCCCACAGCUGCCUACCACUGGGCCUCAAGUGGAUGAGCAGUCCCUGAGAGUCUGCUGUAACUCAGCUUUCUACAAGACCCACACAUCACAUGAUGGACAUGCUUGUUGACUGCUGUCUACAUGUGUAUCCUGGAUGGUUGUCUGGGGGCUGGUGUCUGUUGCAUGUUCUCAGAUGUGUGCUGCGUGCCCUCCACACUCCCCAAGCCAUCAAGCCCAAUUAUGCCCCCUUGGUGGUCCCAGGCCCAAGCCAGGACCCAAUGCUUCCAUUCUCCCUUUCCUUGCCUCUUACAAAGCACACUGCGUGUCCAUCUCAUGUGCCAGUGGAUCAUCAUGCUCCCGUCAUACCUUGAGCGUGUACACAUGUGUGUUCUAUGCACUCACCCUGCCCUACCUACCCAACAGAGGACAAGAUGGUCGGCCCCAGCUCUCUUCUCCCCUACCUAGCCUCUCCCCAUGCCCCGCUGUGCAGCUGUGUGCGUUGGUGUGUUUCUGUGUCGCUGGCGUGUCAUGUGAUGUAGCCAUGUUUGCUGACAUGAGCCCCUGCUCCCUUCUCUUUUUCUCCAUUGGUUUCUAGAACUCUCUUCCUCCCCUCCCCUGAGGGGACAGGACUCCUGGGGUCUAGCUUGGGGGCCCGAGCCUGGCCACCCUCCUGUUAGCCCUCAGAGUCUUAUUUCUCUCUAUUGGUGACCAAGUUGCAAAUGGAUAAAAUACAGGAAAUUCUGACCCCCUGCCCCAGACCUGCAUGUCCUGUCCCCAGUGCCCCUGAACCCCAUCCUGGGCCAGAUUGGGCCUGGCGGGACGGGAGAAAUAGCAACUAAUCCAACAGCGGG